AUGCAAUCAGAUUGUAAGUCAGAACUAGAACAAAUACCGGUUAGUUAUCAGAAUACAUUAUCAAAAGCGUCAACAACAAUACAACAGUGUUCAAGUCCUCUAAUAACACGUCUAAGAGCAAGAACACAACAAGAACAACAGCAACAGCUUAUAUCGAACAUUAAUAAUAGUACAAAAAACAACAUAUCAUCAGAAUCGAAUAGUCAGACGAAUUUAACAGAUACAUUGAAUAUUAGAAAAAAUAAUCAGUUACAAACGAUAAUAGAGUCAGAUAAUAGAUCAACACUGCUGACAGAUUCAUUGCUACCGGUCAAAGAUGUUGAUUCAUUAACGGAUUGUCUAGAAAAUUGUAGUCUUGAUGAAGGAAUAUUUGGUUCUUGUAUGUGGCCAAGUCGUCAAAUAUCUCUGAAUUAUCCCAAGUCAAAUUUGAUUACUUCUUCGGCAAUAGCAUUUUCAUCGACAAACUGGGGACAAACUAGUUCUAAUCAAUUUGGAUUUCUUAGUCGAUCAUCUCCAUCUUUUUUCACAGAAACGGCAACCUAUACUCCAUCCAUACCGGCUGAAUUUAUUCUUGCAUUAGAUGAUUGUGGCAAAGAACCGUUAGACAAGGAUCAACGUAUUAUCGUUUAUCGUUGUCAAGCUGAUUCAGCAUGGGAAUUACAAGAAUAUAGAUUAGCUGAACAAUAUUACAAAAAAACCAUACAAGCAUAUAAGCAAGCGGAUAAUAAAUCGGGCGAUCCAGAAUGGUAUACUGAAGCGAAAUAUCGUCAACAUUCAUGUUUAUGUAAAUUAAAGCAACCAAAAGAAGCAUUAGCUGUUCUUGAAACUAUUCCUCAUAAUCAACGUUCAUCGAAAAUUUAUUUAGCAUUAGGCCAAUUAUAUCAAAAAAAUACGAUUGAUAAUAAAAAUCUCGAUGCUAUUAAUGCCUAUAAAGAAUGUUUGAAAUUAAAUCCUAAUUCUUUAACAGCUUACAAUUCUCUAUUAUCGUUAGGAAUUAAAGUAAAUGAAUUUUUACAAUCACCACAUAUUCAAUCGAUUAAUGAUAAUCAAAAUAAUUCAUUAUCAUCAUUUUCUACCUCAUUAUUAAAAUAUUCAUGGUUUCGUACUCUAUUGCAAGCUGAUUAUGCCUACCAUACACGAGACUAUUUAGAAGCUACACGACUUUACCAAUUAAUAGAUACGGAACAUAUUCAAAAUUCACCAACAAUUCUCUGUCAAAUGGGACACUCACAAUAUUCAAAUGGUGAUUAUUCACAAGCAUUAACAACUCUUCAACGUGCACAUAAUGUUGAUUCACAAUUAAUUAAACAUAUGGAUGUACUCGCAUUUUUAAUCUAUAAUGAAUCAAAAGAUUGGCAAUUAGAAAGAUUAGCAAAUCAUUUAUUAUCGCUUGGCGAUAUGUAUUCUGAAACUUGGAUAGCACUGGGCUAUUAUUGUUUAAAACAAAUUAAUAAACCAAAUCGAACAGUUUAUUUAGCACAAAAAGCGUAUUCAUUGGAUAAUAAAAAAAUUCAAGCUCUACUAUUGAAAGGUUUAGCAUUAUAUAAAUUAAAACGCUAUAGUGACUCAUUAGUUCAUUAUAAAGAAGCUAUCCGCCUAACGCCAUAUUGUUAUGAAGCCUAUAAAGGUGUUGUUGAUGCUUAUUUAGCCACUACGCGUACUACAGAAGCAUCGUCAUUUAUUACAAAUGCUGUUCGAACAUAUUUGACUCGUCAUGUUCGUGCAUUUACUCUAUGUGGUCAAGUAUUGGCCAAAGAUCCAUUAUCAUUGGAGAAAGCAAAAUCGUUUCUUGAACGAGCAUUAAAUCUAAAUCAGACAUAUGUUGAAGCUGUUGUAUCAUUAGUUGAAGUUUAUAAUCAAUUAAAACAACAAAAUAAAAGUGUUGAAUUGUAA